AUGCGCAAACUCGUAUCCUUUGCUAUUAUUUCUGUCCUUCUCGUCUUUGGUCUUGAGACAAACUACAGUAAUACGCUGAUCACACGAGGGAAGCGACAACUUUACCUUUGUGGAGUUUCUCCGUUUCAAUUCUAUUCACCGCAACCCUGUCCGUCAGCUCAAACAUGUCCAAAUGGUGGGAUUUUGAUGAACGUUGCAUGCCAGGCUGCUUAUCAAUGUACUCCUUAUUACAGUGGCACAUCGACAUGUUUAAACGGAAAUUGCUGUACAGUACCCUCUUCCGGACAACCAAUUCCAGUGCCAGUUCCGAAUAAUGACAACAUAAAUAAUAAUAAUGCCAACUUUGGAACUUGUCCAUCUGGCCAAUUGUCCGAAGUGAGAUGCAGUGGGCGGAGCCAAUGUGCAUCCGGACAGACUUGCAUCGGCGGAUUAUGCUGCACGAUAACAGGAAACGAAUGGAACGUGGCUUGUGGGGGUGCGACGGCACUAGCUGCGUGCGGUACUGGAGGAUUCUGCGCUGUCGGAAGCGUGUGCACGUCGAGCAAUUAUUGUUGCGAAUGUCCUGUUGGACAGUCUUACGGAACAUGUGCCAAUGGUGUGUGCCCUACCGGCUACACUUGUUCAGCGAAUCGCCAGUGUUGCCCGUCAUGCCCGAAUAAUGUGAUGCCGUUCGGAUUCUGCUCGAACGGCCGAUGUGGUGGAGGUAAACAGUGCUACCCUGGCAAUAUCUGCUGUUAA